GUAGGAAAAUGAUUAGAAAAAUAUCGUUAAUUAUUAGGAAUGCUGCCAUAACAUUAUUAGCAUGAAACAAUAAGGAUUCCGCCAUUAAAAUACCACAAAAACAUCUCUUCGAAUCCACGCUUCCUUCCAAUUUCCUUCCUUUUCUCCUUCACCAUCACCCAUUCCAUUUGAUUCUUCCGGAUUUCUCUCAUUUCUCUCUUCCGAUCGACAACAUAUUCUUACGGCUACUCCAAACCCUCCGAUUUAGGGUUGUUUUUGUUCGAUUCGAUUCGAUUUGAUUUUGAUUUGAUAUCACUAUCAAUCGGAAUGUCGCAUGAAAACAAUGCUGGAGUCGCCCGGUUGAAGAUCGGGUUUGAUGACCACAAGCCUGAUUACGUAAUCAUGACGGAACCGGAAGGAUUAGAUGACGACCGCCUCGGCGGCGGUGGCGGUAUGGCUCCGUCGCCUUCUUCUCCCUCCGGGGACUGCACUAGUAUCUGGUGGUCAUUUUGGUGGUGGGGAAAACUCGUUUUUCUUGUCAUAUUCUUAGCUAUUUUAGGGAUUUGUUUCUUCGCAUGGAUCGGACCCUUUCUAAUGGAUAAGGAGGUUAUCCCGAUUUUAAACUGGGAAACCGAGACAUUCAGCAAACCAGUAUUAGCAAUUUUAAUAUUCGGCUCAGUGGCACUAUUCCCUAGCUUAUUCAUACCAUCUACACCAUCAAUGUGGGUUGCAGGAAUGAGCUUCGGUUAUGGUUUGGGGUUUCUGUUGAUAAUCAGUGGAGUUACUAUAGGCGUAUCACUUCCUUACUUCCUUGGUUCCUUAUUUUAUCGCAGGAUUCAAUCGUGGUUAGAAAGAUACCCAAAAAAAGCUUCGAUUAUAAAAUUAGCUGGUGAAGGAGAUUGGUAUGAUCAGUUUAGAGCUGUGAUGCUAUUAAGAAUAUCUCCUUUUCCAUAUGCUCUUUACAAUUACUGUGCAGUGGCAACUGAUGUUAAAUUUGUUCCUUAUUUGUUUGGAACUUUGGUGGGAAUGGUGCCUGAAAUUUUUGUUGCAAUCUACACGGGUAUAAUGAUAAGAACUUUAGCGGAUGCUUCAAAAGAUCAAAGAUCACUUUCGAUUCUUCAAGUUGUAUUCACAGUUGGGGGGUUUCUUUUAACAAUUGCCACAACUAUAAUAGUUACAGUUUAUGCCAAAAAACGACUCAGUGAGUUGCGACAAGAGGAAGAACAAUUGUCAUUACUACAAUAGUAGUAUUUUCGGAGUUUUUUUUUUUUUUUUUUGAACAGAUUUGAAUUGAUUUGCUUGUAUAUUUGUUAUUUCUACCUUACAAGAAUUGUAUAUAAUUUGUUUCUCAUGCUUUAAAUGGUUUGACAUAUGUUGAUUCG